AUGACCUCAGAACAAGCAAAGAAUAUUGAGCCAGACCUGCUCGAUCACACAAUCGAUACACUGUCUAUUGUCAAGCUGCGCCAGGUCUUCAAGACGAUUUGCAAGAUUUCACCGGAAGCAAGAAAGCAAGCAGAAAAGCUCCUCCUUGCAAGCGAAAAUAAAGAGGACGGGAAGCUUGUCCCUCACGACAACAACGAACAGGGCGAAAGCGCCAAACAGCCCGUGCCGCGCUUCACCUUUUGCGAGAACUGCGAAAAAGAAUUUGACGUUACAACAAACUCGAGCACCAGCUGUCGAUACCAUACUAUGGAAGACGAGCCUGACGAGUGCCUCUAUGAAGACAAUCCCACGAAUACUUACGACCCAGACUCGAGGGAAGCGCGUGAGGAGUUCCCUGAAUUUUUCACAUUCAAGUGUUGUGGACGGACCCGAGAGGAAGAUCAGCCAGGUUGUGCUGUCGGAUGGCACAAAGAGCUGGACGGGGAGAAGCCAUCUAAGAGAGCUCGUGUAGGAUAUAGCAAUUUGGCAUACGCCUAA